AUGUCCAAAGCAUCUAAGGCGACGUUAGCUAUGACUGGUCUCGGUACUGCGGGGAUUGUCUGGUUUGUCCACUGGGCACAGGAACAAGAGAGAGCAGCAAUGCACAAGGGUGUGGAACGAGACAUGGAAAAGCAACGAAUUCGACAAGAGCGAGAAGCUGAUUUCGCGAUGCAAAAGGCCCUACAAGAACAAUACCUCAAAGUCCAGACGGUCUCUCCUAGUAUGGACGACCCAGGGGCAGGGCAGAAUAGUGCUGGCCAGGGUACAUAA